ACAAGGAGUUUUUUGUUAUAUAUAUGUUUAUGAAAAGCAGGGUACUGUAAUAAGUACUGUUGUGCUAUAAUAGAGUAGAGAACUAUGGGUUGUUACAAAAUUGUGCUAGUGGCCAUAGUUUCAUUCUUGCUUUUGCUUCAAAACGCCAAAGGGUGGGGAGAUGAUGGCCAUGCCAUUGUUUGUAAGAUUGCUCAGGCUCGCCUAAGCAAUGCAGCUGCGAAGGCUGUGAAAAAAUUGUUGCCAGAAUCUGCAAACAAUGACUUAUCUAGCAAGUGUUCAUGGGCAGAUCAUGUAAAGUUGGCCUAUCCUUGGUCGUCUGCUUUGCAUUUUGCUAAUACUCCUGACUCCGUUUGCAGUUACAAGGACAGUAGGGAUUGUAUUGAUCGGAAAUCUGAUAUUAAAGGGCGAUGUGUUGUGGGUGCCAUUACAAAUUACACCAACCAGCUCCUCGAAUAUGGAACUGCCACAAAAUCUAAAUAUAACCUUACGCAAGCCCUAUUUUUCCUUUCACAUUUUGUAGGAGACAUUCAUCAGCCUCUACAUUGUGGCUUUCUCUCGGACAAAGGAGGCAAUACAAUUAAUGUUCAUUGGUACACAAGAAAGCAAAAUCUUCACCAUAUUUGGGAUGAUAGCAUACUUGAGACAGAAGUUGAAAGAUUCUAUGACUCAGACAUGGGGGAGUUCAUUGAUGCAAUUCAACAGAAUAUUACGAAAGUAUGGGUUAAAGAAGAAGAAGAAUGGGAGAACUGCAAUUCUAAUAACAUCGCAUGCCCAAUCAUAUACGCUUCUGAAAGUAAUGAAGAUGCUUGUAAAUGGGCAUAUAAAGAUGCAUCUGAAGGCUCAACACUCGAAGAUGAUUAUUUCCUGUCACGUUUUCCUAUAGUCAAUUUGCGAUUAGCUCAAGGAGGAGUUCGAUUGGCUGCAAUUCUUAAUCGUAUUUUUGGCAAUUACACACAGACUGCAAUGUCGAUGUAAUUUAAUAAAAUAAUAAUUAUUAUUAUUAAAAAGAGAGAGGAAAUGGUGGUUGAUUGUCAAAGAAAAUCAUUUGUGUUA